AUGAAUGGUACACAUGUUCCAGCACAUCCUCCACCUAGAGAGCAAAUGGCGUACACGAAUAGGCAUGGCCAAGCAACUCAAAAUGUACUAGCCAUUUGUGAUUUUGAUAUGCGUUUUUCAUAUAUUUAUGUUGGUUGGGAAGGAAGCGCCCAUGAUACACACAUCUUGGAUGGAGCACUAACAGGACCUACACAUUUUUCGAUGCCCCCGCCAGGGAAAUACUACCUUGUGGACUCAGCAUACAGAAAUAUUCCUGGAUUCCUUGCACCAUAUUGUGGAACACCUCGACAACCUGCACAAGGUCGACGUGGGUUUUCCUCCCCGAAGCAACUUUUCAAUACUCGUCAUUCAUCAUUCAGAAAUGUAAUUGAGAGAUGCUUUGGGAUGCUUAAAAGGGGAUUCGCCAUCUUUCGCGGUCCUGUACCUAAUUUUUAUAUGAGUGCACAGAUAAAUGUGGUGAUAGCUUGCUGCACUUUACACAAUUUCAUACGGGAUGAAUUGCCAGAUGAUGACAUAUUCAAUGAUCAUGAUCAAUCGAUGGAUAUCGAGAGAGAAGGAGGGGUCCCACCAAUGCCAGAAAUUCAACCCCUAAGUGCCUCACAAGAAGAGGUCAAUGAAUGGCAUGAAAUGAGGGAUGAACUGGCAAACAGAAUGUGGAAUGCGUAUCACAAUGCAAGGCGAAGGAGAAAUGAGGUUGGCGGUGAAGCUGAGAUUAUGAUAGAUACAUAUUUUAUAGUUGGUCAAUGGAGAAUAAAUGAGUCGGAUAUGAAUGAUGCGAGCCAGUUUGAGGCAUCAAAGUGUGAUGACCAAUAUUGA